UGUCUAGGGUUUUAGUAUAGAUUCAGUCCUUGCAUUCGGUCCAACUGCGGUAUAAACAUGAUAAACUGUGAUAAAUUUUCAAGAUAAAUAAAUAUACCUUUGAUUUCUUUUUGUCCUCAUCCGUGCAGUCUUGUCAUGGCAGUAGCACCUAGGCCUAUUUUAGUAUUUAUAUUUGGCAUGUAAUUCUUUGGUGGGCAUAUUUUUUGGCAUUGAGACUAUUGUUAACUUGAACAGAGCUUCCUGGAUUCCCCUUGGGUGAAAUCACAAGUAAUAGCCGUUGAAUAAGCAGAGAUGGAAGACACAAGUGAAGUCAGAGCAAAGCAUCGCUUCGACGAGAACAAGCUGCACGCAUUCUUGAGGAGAAACGUGCCAGGAUUUCCUCAAAGUUCAACUCCACUCCAUGUGCGGCAGUUUACGUCUGGUCAGUCGAACCCUACUUUCUACCUAGCCAAGGAUGGCUGUGAGUAUGUCAUGCGCAAGAAACCGCCGGGCACAUUGCUGAAAGGAGCUCACCAGGUUGACCGUGAGUACCGAGUCCAGCAGGCCCUACACAGAGCCAACUUCCCUGUACCCACGCCUCUAGCUUACUGCAGUGAUGCAUCGGUCAUUGGUACUGACUUCUACGUGAUGUCGUUUGUGAAGGGUCGUAUAUUCCGAGAUGUCACCCUGCCUAACAUGAGUCCAUCCGAACGCAAGCAGAUCUACAAUGCCAUGAAUUCUACCUUAGCUCACCUGCACAGCUUGGACUGGAAGCAGCUCGGUCUGCAGGGCUUUGGCAAAGAGGGCAACUAUUGUGGACGUCAGAUAAACACCUGGGCCAGACAAUUUCAGGGUGCCACUAAGUUAGCCUCUUUACCAGACGACCCCACAGCUAAGCAGCUACAUGAGUGGUUAGUAGACAACAAACCAACGGCUGAGGAAAAGACUACCAUUGUCCAUGGAGACUUCAGGCUUGACAACAUGAUCUUCCACCCAACACUGCCCAAGGUUAUCGCCGUCUUAGACUGGGAGUUAUCAACUCUCGGUGAGCCACUGACUGAUCUUGCGUAUGCUUGCAUGCAAUAUCACUACCCUGAGGAGAUGCCUAUUCAGCUUAUGAACCCUAAACAGGAGGUUUUCUCCCCACUGGAGAGGGUUCCCGGGAUCCCCAGGGAGGUAGACUACAUCAUGGCGUACUGCCAGCGCAGAGGCCAUCCCUACCCCCUCCCGCACUGGCACUUCUAUCUGGGCCUUUGUCUCUUCAAGAUGGCUUCCAUUUGCCAAGGGGUGUAUUGUCGUGCCCUUCUUGGUAAUGCAAGUUCUGAGUUUGCUAGCAAUUAUAAGGAAAUUGUCAACUUGAUGCUAGGCGUGGGACUAGAACAGAUCAAAAGGGCUGAAGUAACUGGCAGUCAGACGUCCUCUAUCAUUCUGGAGAUGAAACCAGUGCUGGAAUCUCAACCGAUAUCGGAGAGAGCGAGCCAGAUUCUGCAGAAAGUCAAAGACUUUAUCAAGAAUGAGAUCCUACCUGCUGAAGAAAUGUACUUUAAGCAGGUGCAGAGUGCUGAUACCAUCUGGUGCGUGCCACCCAUCAUGGAAGAGCUCAAGGCCAAAGCCAAGGCUCAGGGACUAUGGAACCUGUUCCUGCCAGCCCAGAGUGGCCUAGGCCAGCUGGAGUAUGCCUUCAUGGCGGAGGCUAUGGGACAGUCACCCAUCGGCUCAGAACCCUUCAACUGCAGUGCGCCAGAUACUGGCAACAUGGAGGUCUUGCAUUUGUAUGGGAGCCCAGAGCAGAAGACAACCUGGCUGCAACCUUUGCUGGAUGGGAAGAUACGCUCCUGCUAUUGCAUGACAGAGCCAGCCGUUGCGUCAAGCGAUGCCACCAAUAUGGAAUGCUCCAUCGUGAGAGAAGGGGACAGCUAUGUCAUCAAUGGCAGGAAGUGGUGGAGUAGCGGUGCUGGUGAUCCCCGUUGUAAGGUAGCCAUCUUGAUGGGAUUGACUCCCAACAAGGAUAAAUCCAGGCACCAGCAGCACAGCAUGAUUGUAGUCCCAAUGGAUCUGCCCGGUGUUAAGAAGAUCAGACCACUAAUGGUGUUUGGUAGUCCAGAUGCCCCUCACGGCCACUUUGAGGUUGAAUUUACCAACGUGCGCGUGCCGGCCACCAAUAUGAUUCUUGGCGAGGGGCGUGGCUUCGAGAUUGCCCAGGGGCGUUUAGGUCCCGGCCGUAUCCACCACUGCAUGCGCGCCAUCGGUCUGGCUGAGAGAGCACAGCAGAUGAUGUGUGACCGUGCCAUUAAGAGAAAGGCGUUUGGAAAAGAGCUCGCCAGAAUGGGUGUUGUUCAACACCAGAUAGCUGAAUGUCGUCUGGAGAUAGACCAGGCCAGAUUGCUGACUCUCAAGGCGGCUCAUACCAUCGACAAGUACGGGACCAAGAAAGCUCGCAAACAGGUGGCCAUGAUUAAAGUCGUAGCUCCACGUAUGCUGACCCGCGUCAUCGAUCAAGCCAUUCAGAUCCACGGAGGUGGUGGAGUCUGCCAGGAUUUCCCCCUCGCUGCCUUCUACGCCGGGGCCCGUAGCCUGCGACUCGCCGACGGACCCGAUGAGGUCCAUCUGACCAGCAUUGGUCUGCAGGAGCUCAAGGAGCAAGCGCUUAAAUCCAAUCUCUAAGCAGCUUGGUAGGGAGGUGUACAUGUGCGGUCACUGUUAGACCAGCCUGGUAUUUUUCUCGGAAUUUGAAUAUUUGAAUCAUUUUGUAAACUUUGAAUGAAAGUAUUACAGUCAGCAUAUGCAAUGGUCGGGGUUAUGGCACCCUCAAAAACUAAAUCUCAAAUUGAAUUUUGAUUUGAUACAUCAGAUAAGAUACAAACUUUCUAAUUUCUUUUCUAA